GCUGGCGGGAGGCAAGUUAAGCUAGGCUACACUUCCCUCUGACAGUGUUUACAUUGGCAAUAAUAUGAAACAUCAUCUACAAAUGCACGUGUAGUCUUCCAACAAUAAAACUAUCGACCACACUGGGCUGCCAACUUCCUAUAGUUGCAAUAAGUCGCAAAUAAGCUCAGCUAACUAUCCUGGGCGCUCCUAAAAAUGGCCAGAUAUCGAGAUCCUCACCUUCCUCUGUCAUCCCUGCGCCUCCUGGUUCCUCCACUGAGGCUGAUGUCAGCCUGCAUGUGGCAGGUGGCCCUGGAGAGAAAUGUAUACCAGUAUGACAAACUGGCUGAGUUCAUCACGUUGGUGACUGAGAUCGUCCCAGAGCUUCUGAACUACAAGCAGAGGACUCAGCUCAUCCUGGGACUGAGGGCUCGGAGCAUUUUAGAGUUUUUAAAGCAGGAGGAUCCCGACUGUAAAACCAUUAAGGAACACUUGGAUAUCUUCCAAAAGAGUGCGACAACCUUUGAGGACGAAAAGGAUCAAGACGAUGGAGAGGUGGACAUAUCUAAGGCGACAUUCGUGGAGCUGGUUCAGAUGUUGCUCGGUGACAAAUAUGAAAAGGAUAAAUUUCUCAAGGAUGUGUUUCCUGCACUGUACGGAGGCUGUUAUGACACAAUGCUGCAGAUCCUGAUGUGGGAGUUCUUAUACAGACUGGAAGAGUUUCUCCCAGUACCAAGUUUCUCAAAGGUGUCCUCCGUGUUUGACCUGUCUUCCACCGACUACCAGUUUGACGAGUUCAUCUCUGAUGAAUCCGAUCUGAGGAAAAUCCUGCAGGAUCAAAAGCAGCGAAAAAAGCUGAUUCAAAGUGAAUUCUCCUUCAUGUCAGACACCAUCCUGUCCACUCUAGCAUCUAAACAGACGUUAGUGGCAUCAGAAGGUCACAUUGUGAGUGUAAAAGAUGAAAAAGGUGGAGACAGCAGUGAUGAAGAGACCGAUGACAGUUCCACUGAACCCAAUCCAUCAAACUCGCAGUUUCAGGAGAGCGGGCCAUCACGACACACGUCAUCUCUAUACACUAAAGAAGCUGCUGUGGAAGGUAACAGCAAUCAUGCCAGCAGCUUAGUCCCUCAAAGCACUUACACACAAGUCAUACUUUUGGGUCAAAUCUCAGAGCAGCCUGCUGUGGACAGCACCAGAGUCCAGGAGAGUCGUAGCGAAGGAGAGAUGAAGCUAAACUUGCGUUCCAUUGUGGAUGAAACUGAAAAAUACACGUGUCCUGUGUGUCACAAAAGUUUUUGGAAACCAAUAAUGUUAAGUCGUCACCUAAGAGCCAAACAUCCGACGUUCAAGCAGCUGCACCGCUGUGACAAAUGUGAGAAGACCUUCCAGACGAAGCGCCGUCUGGAGCAACACCUUCAAGCUCACACUGAAGUGAAGCCGUACGUUUGUUCCUACUGCGGCAAGGGGCUUCCGUGUCCAAAAGUGCUGAAAACUCAUUUGCGAGUCCACACCGGGGAACGUCCGUAUGCCUGUAAGUUUUGUGAUAAGAAAUUUGACCAGCCGUACUCGCUGACGCAGCACAUCAGAGUGCACAAUGGGGAGAAACCGUACCUGUGUAGUGAAUGCGGAAAAGCCUUUUCCAACUCGAGCGCCUUUCUGGUCCAUACACGAUUGCACACGGGCGAAAGACCCUAUCACUGCAAGGACUGCGGGGCAAAAUACAUUACACUGCAAAGGCUUAAAGUCCAUCAGCGAAUUCACACAGGCGAGCGUCCGUUUGGUUGCCCCCACUGUGGUAAGCACUUCCGUAUACAGUCUGCUCUUAUUACACACAAUCGGAUUCACACCGGAGAAAGACCUUAUAAAUGUGUCGUGUGCGAGAAAAGAUUUUACUCCUCACACAACCUGAAAAUACAUAUGCGAAGUCACAGGACGACGAGACAAGAGAAAGCCCCUACAGAGUGAUCUUUUCAGCGUGGACCUGCUCUCUGAGACGUGGAACAUUGAAGGUUUGAACAGUUUGCGAUUAUAUUUGCAUGUGUCGAGUUGUAUAGUAACAGACGUUCAAUCUUCAGAUUGUGUACGGCGUCUCAACAAGUCCCAUCAUAUUUAAGUUUACGAGGUCUGCACACUAAAACCUUUUGCCCCUUCCACUGUACACUGAUAGCACACUGGGUUUGGAUCCACUAUAAAUGCAUACACAAGUAACCAUUUCUGUUAUUUUGUGCAUAGGAAUAUUUUUUGUAUAUCUUGUGAAGUUUACUUCAAAGUUUGAACAUUGCUGAAUAAAGCAAGGAGAAAUUCCACAGGUUAUUGGAGUGUAUUUUCUGUCUCUACUAUAUUCCA